AUGCAAAACGUGAACUACAGACAGGGGAACAGCAGCAACAAUGGCAGAACAGCAAGAGAACCAAAUGGUAUUGACUGUUUUCAUGUAAAUACGGACUUAAUUAUUAAUUUAUCAGGUUCUGGGCUUAAUGAGCAUUUGCAUACUGUUUUAAAUCAUGGUUUGAAAUUUGUGCCUACUGUGCAUGAAGCGCAGACAGAUGAUGUUAUUGAACGAAGUAUGUUUGGAAGUAGUAGUAAUGAUGAAAAUAUUUAUCUGAAAUUGUUAGAGAAGGUAACAGUGAUCUUACUCGUUUGUACACUUAUGGAUUCUGAACUGAAUGAAUCACAAGCAGAACAUAAAGAUGCAAAAUUUGCAACCUGCUUAUGCCAGUCAUUAGUACAGAGGAAGGUUGUGACAUCUGCUUGGUUCACACAGCACUUAAAAGCAGCAGCAGCUGCUUGCAUGGAAUAUAACAAUCUGACCUCAUGUCAAGCUCUUGGGAAUAUGUGUGUGAUGAAUAUGAAUUCAUUAACUUCAAGCAGAAAUGAUGCAUGUGGUCUUUUCCAGUUGGUGUAUGCAUAUCAUUCAGAUGCUGUUCAUUCAAUACCAUACUGGAAGGUGAAUCUUCCUUGGUUAUACUAUUAUACCGAUCGAACUGGAGAAGCAUCACGAGCCCUUAGAGUACAGUUCCCAACCAGCUUCAGUUUUACGGGCACAGCCCAGAACUCAAGACUGGAGUUUGUUGUAGCUAAAUAUGGUGUUAGAGGAAAUUUUCUUCAGCUGCAAAAUGUUAGAGGUGGCACUUUGCAGCUGUGUCCUGACACAUUAGCAAGACUUGAUGCAGCCUUUACUUUUGGAACUACAUAUCAACAAAGUUGCACCAUCUUGCUUUCCAAGAUUUUGAAUGAUUUUCCUGAACCUGUUUUCUAUGACGUAUUUAUGCAGUAUGUUAACGAGCAUGGACAGCAGAAUCUGUGGGCUAUACCUGUGCUGAAUCGAAACCUUCAGUGUACACAGCCAUGUAAUAAUCAAGGUGAUGAUAUGAACCAAUGGCUUCUGACGCGCCGUAUUUUUUUGGUGGAUACCUUAAGUGGUCGUGAAAAUUUAGCAAGCAGCCCUUCAGUAAUUCGUGUGGCUACCAAAAUAAAAUUUGGGAUUACUCUUGUCCCAGACAAUCAGCAAGGAAAAAUCUAUCCACCUCUAAUUACUGUAGUUUAUUCUAACAUACAAGUCAAGAAUUCAGAUACACAGUUUGUAUCGGUAUCUUUUUCUGUUGAAUACCAAAUGAACCAAAGUGAAAGACAGGUCCAGACUAAUAUUGCUUUAGGGGUUUUGGGUGGUGCAGCUGUUUUAUAUUCCCUCUUAAAGACUGCAAGUUGGAAGAGGCGCAUUGCAACCCCCAUAAUAGACAUUCAGACAGUUGUGAAGUUCCUGCUCUUCUAUGCUGGAGACUUGGCCAAUGUUUUCUUUGUUGUAACAGUUGGCACUGGGAUUUACUGGCUUAUAUUUUUUAAAGGAUCACAGCUUGCAUCUGUUGUGUUGCCUUCAGGCAGUGAAGAAACAGUUUUCAUUACAUAUGUAGGAUGCGCUUUUGGAUUGAAGGCUCUUCAAUUUUUGCACAAGUUAAUAUCACAGCUUACCGUUGAUCUUUUCUUUAUCGACUGGGAGAGACCUAAAGGAAAAGUUCUUAAAUCAAUUGAAGGUGGGGGAGAUAUAAAAAGUGCACCAACUCCUGUGAGUAUUUGGAGAACAUACUUUGUUGCAAACGAGUGGAAUGAAAUUCAAACAGUGAGGAAGAUAAAUCCAUUAUUUCAGAUUUUUGCAGUUCUUUUCUUCUUAGAGGUUGUUGGACUUUCAAACUUAGCAAUAAUGACUCCUUCUGCCAACGUUACUGCAAGCUUUGACAGUACUUUGACUCCACAGAGUCGUAUUGUCAGAUAUGGUGUGACUACAGCUGUCUGGCUAGUCCUUGGGCUAAUACAGAUUAUAUUCUUUUCAUUCUUUUAUGAGCGUUUUGUGGAAGAUCAAAUAAGACAAUUUGUAGACCUUUGCUCCAUGAGCAAUAUUUCAGUCUUCAUCUUGUCAGACAGAUGUUUUGGAUAUUAUAUUCAUGGUAGAUCUGUACAUGGACAUGCAGAUACAAACAUGGAAGAAAUGAACGCUAAUCUAAAGAGGGAAGGGGAAAAUUUAUGUGGACAGAGAGGUUUGCUGCCUAACACAGAUGUUCAAACAUUUCAAAUUGCUAUCACAAGCAAGUUGAGACAACAGUAUGACAGAAUCCAUGAGUCACUUGUGAGGAGAAGUGGCCCUGCUCGGCUGUUGACUUCAUCAGGGAAUACAUUUGAACAGAAUUCUAAAGCAUAUCAUACCAUGAAUAAAUUUCUCAGCUCUGUCAUUGACCACGCUCAUCGGGAAAUGGAUUACAUAGUAAAAGACAAGCUGCUUUUUGAACGAAUUCUCGACAUGGAGUUUAUGGAACCCAUGGACAGAAGCAUCUUUUAUAAUGAUGAAGGACAUUCUUUUAGUGAAGUUCUGUACUAUGGGAAUGAACCGACUCUUCUUAUUUUUGACAUGCUGUUUUUCAGUCUUGUGGAUGUUGCAACUCAGAAUGCUGUUUUAGCUGCUGUAAUCACCUAUUUACAACAACAGUUUUUUGAGAUGAUCCGUAAAGCUGUAGGAAAGAAGAAUCUGGCUUCUAAAACCUUAGUUGAUGAAAGAUUUUUGAUCUGAUUUACUCUGAAGACCGGACAUUUCUUCCAAAUACUAAAAGUACAUGUGGUACUGUAGAGGCAGCACAUUUCUGUGUCUUAAACUAAUAUUCACUGUAACAUAUUAUGAUUAAAUAUUGUAUAGACUAUUUUUAUACAUGAAAUGUUUUUAGACUGCACCUUAGUGUUCUAUAUCAUUUGUAAUUAGUUUUGUUGUACAUUUAUGUUAUUGUUGAACUAUCUGAGAUGCCUGCAGCAAUUAUUCUGUUCUACACACAUAUAAAUCAGUAUUCCUACAAAAUACACGCUGAAAUAUUUUUAUUGUGCUUUUGGUUCUCAUCUGAUAAACCAAAGUCUUCAAAUUGAUAUAAAUUCCAGUGGCUGAUCACUGUGCUGGAAUAAAUUCUGUAAGAUGAAUGUUACUUUGUCAGCAAGAUUUGUAAAAUAAAUACAGGACACACGAGUUGUUUUAAUAUUUUAAAUGAUGUAAUGAUAUUCAGAAACCAUCAACAGAAUGUGAUGAGUCUUUGAGAAGUUUAUUAGAUUAUUGUGCAUCAGAGAUGGUGUCGAUGUCUCAUACACAUUUUUUUUUGCUGCUUUGUAAUAUUAACUUACAGGCCUCUUUUGGGAGGAAAAUGCAGAGUUUAAUGCUAAACUGUCAUAAUUUGUAAAUGCAAAGUGAAUGCAGAGUUUAAUGCUAAACUGUCAUAAUUUGUAAAUGCAAAGUGUUUUUUCCCUCCUGUUCUCUUGUCUGUAUCUGAGCAUCAAGCCUUUGUCUUAGCUGCUGUACUGAUCCAUUCUUUCUCCUUCGGGUGAAUACACUGUAAGCCGUGUCUUCACCCAUGUGGGGUAUUGUGAGAUUUUGUUUAUGUCCUGUUAUUUCCCCAGGCAUACUCAGUGGUAUCUCCUGGGUUGUGUGUGAAACUAGCAUUCAUGGGACUGACACUCACUUCCACAAGUGAUGUAAGCCCGCACAGGAGCAGACACUUUACUGUACCCUUGAGACAAGCACAUCCAUUGGCUGUCAUGUAUCCACUUAAGAGCUCACAUGGAGAGCACUUUGCAGACAUAUGCCCCUACUCUCAGAAUUUCAGAAAAAGAAGCAGGAUCAGACCAUACAUUUUUCUUCUACCUUCGGUGAGCUCCUUGGAUGGUUAGGAUGGCUCAUAAAUCCGGGUCAUCUGUGGUGUAGUCAGUGUUAUAUCUUUGUAUGCCACGGAGCCAGGAAGCUUCAAAGGUUAUAGUGAUUAUUCAAUAAAUAUGUAAAAUAAUUCUUUCUUGGGGCAUGAUAUCAUGGAUAAAAACAGUGUGAAUGUCAUUAAUGCUGUAACAGUGACAGAUACCAUUUUUCAGUGUAGUGUUAUCAUGUUUACUCAUUUAAUGAGAUAUAUUUUUUUUACUGUCCUGUAUAAGUUUACAAGUUCCUUCAUAUUUUUGUCAGAUAAAUAAUAUCAUGCCUAGUCUACCCAUUAUGUGUUCAGUUUCUCUACUGUUCUUCAGAUUCAUGUGUUUCUUUUCACCCCUCUCUAGCAAUCCAGCAGUCACGCAUACCCCUAUGAAUAAGUCUAUGCUUUCAACAUCUUUAGGAGAAAAAAAAAGCUUUCUGUGUACUUAUUAAUAUACAAUGAUUACUCUUUUUAUAGUUCUCAAAAUCUUUCUCUCUGUUUUCAUGCAUUUGCUUCUGGUUUCUGAGUAUCUUCCUCUACAGUCAAAUUACCUUUUAUAGUUUAUUAUAUAUCGGAAUAUUUCAGGCAUUCCUGGUUCUCUGCUAACAUUAACAAUGAAACCUUAAUCUUAAGCAACGUUAAUAUUAACUGGACCACCAAACAAUCUCCCACAACCUCAACCUAUAUAACUUCACACAACUAAUCAACUCACCUACUAGACCCUCCAAGGACUGCUCCUCUGAUAGUACUCUUGACUAGAUACUAGUUUCCCACCCCCACAAUUUUUCUGAUAGUGGUUCCCUUUCCAACUCUCUUAGUGAUCAUCUCCCCACUUUAGCUCAUUGAUUACCCUCCUCCAUACAUCUGUCUCACACAUCUCUACUCUCUCCCUGAGAAGUUUCAACCCAAAUUCCUUCUCUGACUCUGUAAAACACACAAACUGGAGCUCUCUGAAAACCCUCCUCUGGAUAAUGCCAUUACCUUUUUCAGUACUACAUUCUUAACCCUGUUAAAUAGCUUUCCACCCUCUAGAACAAAAAGAAUUAAAUGUAAGACAUUCCCCUGGAUAACCAAAGAAAGCUUAACCCUAAUACAUCUCCAAGACGAAGCAUGGACAAAUUACCAGAAAUGUAAAACUCCCACAUCCCUAUCCGAGUAUAAGCUACUACACAAUAAAGCAAAAAAAUAUUGCAUCUGACAGAAAAUCCUACUACACCGUACUUCAAAAUAACCAUAACACUAACCCCAAAAGGUUUUGGAAUAGUAUCUCUACCCUCCUACAGCCUGGUAAAAAAAGAUAACCCUUGCCCAUAUUCUAACACCUCUGAUCUUUCCUUAGCCAUUCAAUUUAACUCCUUAUUCAUAGACUUUAUAGCCAAACUCACCACAUCCUCCACAAACAACACACCAGUUUCACCUCCACCCAUCUACCUCUCCGCAAACACCAACGCUUCUCAACCGCCCUUUUAUUAUCAAACUUAUUCCUGUCUCCACAGUAAGAAAACUUCUUCAAAAAUUAAAGCCCCUGAUGACCUUAAACCCAACUUCCUAAAAAUAGCUCCGAUGGCAUAGCUUUCCCAAUCUCUAUCCUAAUAAAUCAGUCAGUUAAAGAAGCCUGUGUACCCCUACUCUGGAAAAAGGCUUUUAUUAUUCCCCUUCAUAAAGGGGGCAGCAACAGUGACAUCCCUAAUGUCUGGCCAAUUGCCAUCUUAUCCCCCUUCUCAAAAAAUUUAGAAAAAUGUAUUCACCUACAGAUUUUACCUUACCUCUUAGACAACCACCUACUAACCCCCCACACAGCACCAGCACUGCACUCCUGUCCUUCCUUGAAAUCAUCAAUAAUGCUUGUGACACCGGCAAUUUAGUAUCUACCCUCCUCCUUGAUCUAUCUGAGGCCUCUGAUAUUAUUUCAGAUAAUCAAACUCUCUAACCUCACUCUAUCCAUCUCUUCUAUCAACUGGUUCUCCAUUUACCUCUCUGAUAGACAACAAGCUGUCUAAUGGAAAAGCUGCACAUAUUCCUUAAUAUUCCUACAAGUGUACCACAGGGUUCUAUAUUAGGUCAUUUACUUUUUAACAUUUUCAUAAAUGAUUUCUACCAGUACAUCCCAAAUGCUAAACUUAUCCAGUACUCUGACGACUUUACGAUCAUCUCUACAGCCACAUCCAUCCCCACUCUCCUGAAAUUAACUCAAGAAGCCUUUUCAUCUACCGAGCACUGGAUGUUAAAUAAUCACCUAGCACUCAAAGCAUCAAAGUCUAAAAUCAUGUUAUUUACUCCGUCUAGAAUACCAUUAUAAACAAGAACUCUUCUUCCAUAACCAGCCAAAACAAUACCUCUAUUGAAAUUGUCUCCCAUACAAAGCUUCUAGGAGUCCUUAUUGACGAACAGUUAAAAUUUUAUAUUCGCCUACAAGCUAAUAUACAAACAAAAAAAAAAGUAGGCAUGCCUUAUCGCCACAACCAUUAUCUUACUCCCUUUACUAAAUAUGUCCUUUAUACCACCUACCUCAUUCCCUCGCUCUUGUAUGGAGCCUCGCUUAUUACUACAUUUUAAUCCUCUCUAGAGACAAAAUUGUCCUGCUGCUGUAUCAAAAUCUCUAAGUUCGCCACCAGAUAUAAAUCUUCCACCCACCACUGCAAUGCCCUUCACAGAUUAAACUGGCUAGAACUACCCAACUAUCUCUCUCAUAUACAACUAACGUAUGCCCAUAAACUCUUCAAACCACCUCUCUGUCCCUCCCUCGCCUCCUCUCUCAAAAUGCAUCUGCCUGAUAGGCUUCUUAGAUCCUGUAACCAGAAUGCAUGAAGUACAAAAACCUGCACAUUCACCAGGCAAACUUUUAUUAUCCUUCUCUCUAGCACGCCUUUGGAAUUCCCUAUCACCUCUUAUUUGUACCACCCAUUGCCAUCCACCUUUAAAACUUUACUCCAUUCCCACCUCUCAGCUCACUGAGAAUGUUCCUGCUGUCAUCCUACAUGACUUUACUGUACUUAAUCCCUAUUCUCCUAUUCCCCCAGUCUAUCAACUCUGAAUUAUAACACUGAUCUCCUCUAUUCUUAUCCUCCUCUUCCUCUCUUCAAAUAUUACUUGCUCCCAAAUAUUUCUUACAUUUUUGUCUUGUAUACUUACAAGACUCUUUUAGCCCUAUUUCUCUGCAGAUAUGUUAAUAUGUCAUGUAUGGCUCCUUGCCACUACUGUUUUAUAUUAUUCUGUAAUCUUUUCUUGUGUGGUUAUUACCCACAUGCUCCAUACAGAGCAUUUACACCAACAAUCUUUGCCACUACUGUUUUGUAUAAUUCUGUUAUCUUCUCUGGUGUGGUUAUUACCCACAUGCUCCAUACAGAGCAUUUAUACCAAUGAUUUUUAUACACCAGUGAUUUUUAUUCUAUAUGUAUAUUUUGUCCUCCUUUCUUUGCAAAUUGAAUGUACUCAAACUGCAUAAUAACUUGCACUACUGAUUUGUACACCAUUUAUUAGCUUUUCCUUUGUGAAUACUACCUCCAUGCUUCAACAAAAUGUACACCAUUGAUUUAUGUUAUACACACACACACACACACACAUAUAUAUAUAUAUAUAUAUAUAUAUAUAUAUAUAUAUCUGUGUGUGUUUUGUUUUUUAUCCACUGUUUACUAUAAUUUCUAAAACUGUGUAAUAACCUGUAAAAAUAUGUGAUUAUUUGUAUACCGUACAAGGAGCUUUUCUCCCCGGGCCUCCAUUGAAAAUGGGCUCUUCUCGGCCCAAUGGACUAUCCCAGUAAACAAACUGUAAAUAAAUAAUAAAUAAAAUGUCUUUCCUCUUUGUUUGAUCAGUUCUGCAUGCCAUGACAUCGUUCCCUUUUGUCCCACUUUGGAUUGUAUAAUGAGUUGUUCUGUUUGCUCUGUUUUAGUUAGAUAUACUAUUUAAUAUCCACACUCAACGUCAGAUAUUUCCUGUUGUCUCAAAGACUGGGCAUAGAGGUCAGACGAAGAUUUAGCAAGCAUGUCUUGCAUUAGCAAAAUAACUGCCUUUUCAGUACCUUUGCUGUAUUUGUAAUUUUCAUUAGCAUUUCUUAUCACAGUUGGCAGUGACCUUAAAGGUCAGUUAUUAUGACAGAAAGUCGGAAAUGAGGGGAGGGCCAAAUAGUGUACCUCCAUUUUUUAGCUGUUUGCUCUUUCCUGUGCUUCUACCAGCCACACAUAUCUUGCCUACUGUAUUAUGCUAAAUUCUGGCUUCUGUUGACAAGAUCAGAGAUGCUGGGACUAACUAGUAUAUGAGGUUUUCAUUGUUGGCACAUUAUUUCAUAUAAAAACAUGUUUAAAAUAAUCAGUGCUCCUUACCCAUAGUUUACUUCGUCAGUGCAGGUAUUAUGCUUGUCCCAGGAGGUACUUGGUUACAAUCAUUUCAUCCUGUGCAGGCAACUUAUUUCUCUCUGCUUUGCUGCCUUAGUUCAUUUGUGUGUGCAUGUGUGUAAAACUCCCCCCAUUCCAAAAUGACGUGCUCUGAGCAAGGAGCUGCAUCGAGAUUCAUAAGUUCUUUCCAAGCGUAUGGCUAAAAAAGAUCAUCAAGAAGCUCAGUCACAUCACCCAGUGCUGGUGGGAGGGAUAGCAGUGCUUACAUGAACGCCAGCUAUCUCAAAACAAUAUAUGGCCCUGAUUAAAAGUUGUCUUGGAAUCCAGAAAUCAUUUUCAAUAAAUACGCAAGGAGGGCACCAGUUGUAAUGUAUUAGGUUGUGCCUGUUAUUAAUCCAGAGUGAAUGUCACAAAUUUUGCAUCCAGCUGCCUCAUGAAUGAAUAGUAAACAUAUUGCAAAUUACUAUUAAUUUCCAUAAUGUGAGGUGUAAUGUAGUACAUCACCAAUAUCUAAACAUAUUUAAAUAGAAUUUGCAGUAGCUAAAUCAUAUUUUUUACCCUUUGCAUUGUACAUACUGUACUUUAGCUGUGUCUGUAUUCAUUUUAGAAAAUACAGAUUUUAAUGUGGUGUUUUCCCCAAGUGUUAAAUAGCAUGAAUUAUUUUUAUGCUGAAAGACUGUGCCUUCUUUAAAUUCACUGAACCUUUAAUGCAUAUUUCAUUCCUGAUAGCAGCAAAUAUGUUUUCUAACCGUUGAUGGGAUCUGUAAUUGCAGAAUUAAUAACUCUGGAAAUUUUCCCCAGCAGAGUAUAAAAAGUGAUACUGAGUGUACUGUAAUAGGACUGCAAUGGCUUUAAUAUGAAUUUUGUUGUUGGAUCGCUUGUAUAUGAAUGUUUGUAUUAGACUUUUCUGGGUCAAAAACUGUGAUAGUUUUGACUGUAUUUUUUCUUUUGUGUAUUGUUUUUCCAAAAUAUGUGGAUGUUAAUGCAGUCUUUGUGCUGCCUUAGUUAUUACAGUUUUCAAAACAAAAUUUAUUUUUUUAUUUCAGAUAAAUAGAACAAAUUUGUAAAUGAAAUGAUGAAGGCAUUUUAAUUAUAAACACAUUAAUGCAAUAUUAUACCAUUUAUAUAGCCUUCAUUUUAGUAUUACUAUAGCUGUAAGCAGCUCUAACAAACUGAACAGUCUCAUAUUAACUGUACACACUACAUACAUGGUGCACCUAAUACUAAAAUAAGACUUAGUAAAAUCUUAACAGUUGUACAAGGAGAAGAAAACUGUGUACCUGUGUUUCACAUAGCUCCACAUAUUUUUUUCAUUGUAGUGUUUGCUGCAUAUUUGUCUAAUAAAAUUAAUUUGUUCCAGUA